AUGCUGUCGCAGAACACUAACGCUCAACUAUUAACCCCAUUAAGAGAAUUUCUUUACAGUUUAUUCUUUUUUAUAUUUCCUUUUCUUUUUAUUCUUUUCUUUUUCAUUUUUUUCUGCUUUUUCGUCUUAUUUUUAGGUUUUUUCUUCAUCUUUUUAUUCUUUUUUAUUCAUUUUCUUCUUUUUCUUUAUGUUUGUUUUUGCUUUUUAUUCUUUUCUUCAAUUCGUCUUUUUCUUCUACUUAUUCUUAUUUUUCUUUUACUUUUAUUUUUUAACUUUUCUUUGUUUUUUACUUUUUCUGCUUUUUCUUCUUCAUUUUUCUUCUUCCAUUUGAUUUUUAAUUUUUCUUCUUUUUUAUUAUUCCUUCUUUUUUCUCUCACCUUCUCUCCAUCAAUCCUUUCUACAUUUCUUUCACCCUUUACUGCUUCUUUUUCUUCACCUCCUCGUCCUAGUUUUCGCCUUCUUUUUUUUUUCCAUCUCCAACUCCGCGGUACUUCAUUACUUAAGUUUUCUUCUCUUUUUCUUCCAAGUUUUUCACCUCUUUUUUUUUCUAAUCAUCUUCUCCAACUUUUCUUUCACCUCUUCUACGUUUCUCUUCUGCUUUUUCUAUUUUUAUCUCACUCAUCGACUCUCUCUCUCUUUUUCUCUCUCUCUCUUUCUCUCUCUCUCUCUCUCUCUUUGUCGUGA